AUUAGUUGAUGUCCUUUCCCGCUUUUCUGUUCACGAUGGAGAACGGAUGUGUCUGUUGGAUGAUAAAACGAUGGAAGUCCCCGCUAUAAAUCCAGGGCCAGAUUCCCGAUUUACAUCCCCAACCCUAACUAGUAUUACUAAUCAUGGGCAGUUGGCAAAAUAACAACCCUUUCCCGCUCAUGUUUGAGCACAAGCUCGCCAUCGUGACAGGCUCCGCACGUGGUAUCGGUGCCGCAAUUGCGCGCAACCUCGCCAGCAAAGGCAGUAAUGUAAUCAUCAAUUAUGCCACCGAGGGCUCGGAUGUGUCGGCCGCCGCUCUUGCUGCUGAAUUUGAAGAGACAUACGCUGUGCGCGCUCUUCCCAUCCGAGCUGAUAUCACCUCCCGAGAUGAAUGUGAUCGUUUGCUGUCGACCGCCAAAAGUCAUUUCUCAGACUCGGGAAAAUUCCAAAUCGAUAUCAUCGUGCACAAUGCAGCGAUCGUGUAUCUCGGUCCACUCGAAGCGGUCAAGGAAGACGAAUUUCACCGGAUCUAUGAGGUCAACGUUCUUGGACCGAUUUUGCUGACAGGCGCCUGCAAACCAUACCUUCCUACUGAUCGUUCCGGGCGCAUCGUGCUAUUAUCCAGCAUCAACUCUAAAGUGGGUACAGAACACACGACACUAUAUUCUGGGACUAAAGGCGCGGUGGAAGCCAUGACGCGCGUAUGGUGUCGAGAACUAGCAGAGAGGGCCACGGUCAACUCGAUCAACCCAGGUCCAGUGAUGACCGACAUGUAUCUCAAUGCACCAGAUGACAUUAAACAAGUUCUCUCGCGGUGGAACCCUCUCACGCCCUUGGCCCCUGUGCGGGAGAGUGACAGUGAAAAAGUUAGGGAAAUUGGACAGAAAUUUGGCGGCAGGGCUGCCUACGCUGACGAGAUCGCGGGAUUGGUGGCUUCCAUUUGCAGCCCUGAAUUUGGAUGGUCAACGGGGGGUAUCAUUUCUGCUAAUGGUGGGUUGUCAUUUAGUAUUUAAAAAUAUAUAUAUAAGGGAGGUUGUCAGACAUGGGAGAAUAAACAAACCAAAAUCAAUUAGAUUGACAAAAAAACAAAAAAAGAAAACCAGACAGAGGACUAGAAGGGGUACGAGUAAAUCCGAG